AUGUACAAUCUGAAAUUGGAUAAGUUCUACGGUCACGAGGGGCACGAGGCCGCGGAGCGUUGGUUGGAGCAUAUUGAGAAGACUUUCCGAGUGUUGAACAAUCAGGGGAAUCUCCCUGAGCUUCGUAGUUUGACUUCAGCCGAGAAGACGGACUGGAAUGUUUUCAUUAGGCUAUUUAAGAGGAGAUUCGUGCCCCCAGAGUAUAUUGAUCGCAAGAAACAGGAAUUCAUUGAAUUGAAACAGCGGAAGAUGUCUGCGAACGAGUAUUAUCGGAAGUUUACCGACUUAUCUCGCUACCACCCUGAGAUUGCUAGUAACCCAGCGGAGAUGCUUCGCCGUUUUCGUAUCAGCACUAAGAAGAAGUGGCGUUCGAUGUCGACCUCCACUCAUUGUGAUACUUAUCAGGAGUUCUACGAGGUUUUGCUGAGAGUCGAGGACUCUGAGAAUAUGACGAGUGAGAGUGAUGAGAAUGAGAAGAGUGGUAAUCAGAAGAAGGACGACAAAGGUAAAGGUCAGGCAUCGCUCGGGCCUCGUCAGACUCAAAACUUUAAGAGGGGUGGUAACAGCUCUAGUUCUUCUAGUGGUGGUUUCAGUGCCACGGGUCAGGGACGAGGAGGUAGAUUUACUGGAGGCUUUCGAGGCCAGAGACAGGGGGACGGUGGUCGAGGUAGGGCCCCACUUUGCCGAAGGUGUAAUAAUCGGCACACUGGCGAGUGUAGGCGGGGCAGUAGUGGUUGUUUCACUUGCGGGCAGAUUGGGCAUCGAGCCGCGCAAUGUCCCCAGAGUCAACAGCAGAGACCGCAGCAGACUUUCCUGCCACCACCUGUCCCUAUCCAGCAGAUUCAAGGUCCUAGUGGUUACGGACAGCUUUCACCUAUGGAGCAGCUGCAACCACCACCCAUGGCAAUGACGCAGCAAGCCUACACUACCCAUUCGGGUCACGGGUCGGUGGGACCCGUUAUUGCAGUGGUUGCAGUGAUCACCAUUCUCGGAGUCAUUGCGGUCAUGAUUGGUAGGCUCUGCUCCGGUCAUCGGAUCAUGGGCCAUGGGCGACACUACAACUUCGAAUCAUGGGUGGAGACAAAAUGUUCUUCGUGUCUUGACGGCAGAAUCGACCCUUCUCCACCGCCUCCACCACCGGUCACUGUCUCCGGCGAGGAUGUCGCCCUGGCAGAGAGGGCAGACGCAUCGCAAGAAAUAAAGGAAGAAGAAGAAGAAAAAGAAGAACCCCAACAACAUCAGCAGCAGCAACAUCAACAACAACAUCCCCCGCAGCAGGAACAACAUCGACGACAACAUCAGCAGCGGCAACAACAUCAACAGCAACAGCAACAACACAAUUCCCAAGCAGCAAGUAGUAGUGAGUCUUAA